CAUGAGACAGUGUCCGUGGACCCAAAGCCCCACAAUCGUUCACACAAAUCCUAUUGGUCUGCCGUUGGUGUAGCAGCAUAUGUAGCAGAGUGAGAGAUAGCGCAAGUGAGCUCCGAGUGGGGAGAGGAGGGGCUUUUAGACACAACAACACCGACGUGAGUGAGACUGUAGAUAGAAGAGAGAAUGCGGCAGAAGGAGGGAGCAGACCGCCAGUGGCCGACUCUGGGAGAGAGAGAUUGAGACGGAUUCACACUUCUUUUCAUUGGCUUUACCCUGCUUCUUUUCUCUGCACUUGUUUUGUCUUUUUUAUCACUCUGCAUCCAUUUGCAUUUAGUCUCUCUGUCCCUCUUUCUUUCCUGCUGCUGAUUCUGUCUCUCCCUGCAGCCUUUACUCCACUGUCCCACAUUCUGACUGGCUACUGUCUGUCUGUCUGUCCUCCUCCUCACCUAUGGCUACCUGACAGUCAACUUCCUUUCCCACUCUCUUUUUCACAACUAUCCAUUUUUCUCUCUCCUUCCCCAGUUCCACCCAUGUCUUUACUUUGAUCUUUCCUUUCCUUACACCGGUCUGUCACCUCUCUGUUGUCUUUUGGUGUGAAAAUGCCAGUACUGGAUGAGUUCUGGGGCCCAGAUCUCAGGAUGCGGGACUCCGGUCUUGGUGUUGGAGAAGUUGGGGUCUGUCCAGAUGAGGCUCCCCGUUCACCAAUCUGGGGGCAUCUCAGGGCGCCUCCUUUUACCUGUGGGAGCCUGUCAUUGGCCCUGGAGCUUCCGGCUCUCAUACGGCAGCUCAGGGCAGCCUGGAGGGCUCAUAGAGGAGGCCCUCGGGGGCCCGAGAGUAGUGAGGCGAGCACUUGGGUGGAAUCAGAGAAGGAAGAAGUAGAGGAGGUGAAGCAUCACGUAGAGGACAGAAGCGGUCAUCUGAAAGCUGAUGGCAGACUGGACACUGGUCAUGCUGGUGUGCUGCUGGUUGAGAGACGAGGCUCCUACCCGCUGAUUGACCUGCGAAUCCUCAAAACCAGUGCCCAACAGGGGGAGGUAGAGGCCGACACCAGGAGAAAAGUGAAGCGUCUGCUGAGCUUUCAGAGAUACUGCCACGCCUCCAGGCCACUCAGGGGGUUGGUACCCCACACCCCCGGGUCUCUACACCUACUAGAUGACAACUACCUGGGACAAGCUGCACACAUGCUGUCAAAAGCAGCCAAAUGGAACUUUGACAUUUUCCUCUUUGAUCGUCUUACAAAUGGUAACAGCCUGGUGACUCUGAUGUGCCAUCUUUUCACCGUCUAUGGUCUUGUUCACCACUUCCAGCUGGACAUGGUCAAACUGCACAGGUUUCUCGGCAUGGUUCAAGAAGACUACCACUCCCAGAAUCCCUAUCACAAUGCUGUUCAUGCUGCUGAUGUCACCCAAGCCAUGUACUGUUACCUGAAGGAGCCCAAGCUGGCAGAGCAGCUGAGUCCUCUGGACGUGUUCCUGGGUCUGAUGGCGGCCGCCGCCCACGACGUUGACCAUCCAGGAGUCAACCAGCCCUUCCUCAUUAAGACCAGACACCACCUGGCAUCCCUCUACCAGAACACGUCUGUGCUGGAAAGUCACCACUGGAGAUCCACUGUAGGCAUGCUGCGAGAGUCACGACUGCUGUCCCACUUGCCUGCUGACAUGCAGGACAUGGAACAGCAGCUGGGCUCUCUCAUCCUGGCUACAGACAUCAGUAGGCAGAACGAGUUCCUGUCAACCUUCAGAGAACAUCUGGACAACCAGGACCUGGACCUUCAGCUCGCUUCUCACAGGCACUUCAUACUGCAGAUUGCUCUGAAGUGUGCAGACGUCUGUAAUCCAUGUCGGUUUUGGGAGCUGAGCAGACAGUGGAGCGAGAGGGUGUGUGAGGAGUUCUACAGUCAGGGUGACCUGGAAAGAAAGUUUGACUUUGAGAUUAGUCCUCAGUGUAACCAGCAGGCUGACUCUGUCCCAGCCAUUCAGAUAGGGUUCAUCUCCUACAUCGUGGAGCCUCUGUUUGAGGAGUGGCACCGCUUCACCGAGCCCAGCCUGCUCAGCAGGAACAUGAUGGCUCACCUGUACAAGAACAAGGCCCGCUGGAGCUGCCUACGGAACGCACACACACCGUCAGAAUCCCAGACUCACUCCCACGUAGAGGAGGCCGAAGGAGGACGAGGAGGAGAGGGGGGAGACAUCUCUUAAUCUUUCUCUCCUUUUCUCGAGAAGUUUGAUCUUCCUUUUUUUAAACAGAGGAGUUUAUCCACCUCCUCGUUUGUCCUCCAGCAUAUUUUCUCCAACUGCCGGUGGUUUACAGGCUCUAAACACGGGACCACUGGAUUGGAGUCUGGCUUCAAUUCAUGAGAUAUGUCUCCCUCUGCUGGAGCGGAGGACCCUAGCCCUGCAGGGGGAAUAGAGAAGACUUUGUCAAUUUGACAAAGUCAUGCCUUUACCACAAUGGUAUCUGCUGCAAAGUAUCUGAGAAAAGCAAGGAAUUACAAGGUCAUCUGAAUGCAGAAGAGGGAUCAGUGAAGACAAGUUUUAAUGUGUUUGCACAGUGCUGUUAGAACAAUAAAGAAAUGACAAAGCAGAAAUUGUGUACAAGUCAGCUGGACUGUGCUGGUAAAAUUGACAAAAAUAUAUGAAAGAAAAAUAUAUCCACUAUACUAUAAGUUUGAAACUUUUAGAUAAUACAUACAGUAAUAAGCUCUUUACACUUUUUCUCUUUUUUUGUACAGCUUGCACUUCUAUUGGAUACUAUUUUUUACUAAAGUGCGUUUUUAACUUAAUAAGUUGGUACUAUAAACUGUACAAUGUAUUCUCUUUGAACCGUGUAAGACUGACUGACUGAACCGACCGACACAAUUAAUGAUCAACACAAAGUAUCUACAGCUGGUGUCGCUCAGUUGCUUAACGCUGAUAUCGAUAGCUCGUCAGCUGGAUGUUUUUGGACUCACCGAUGUGGAGAGCACAAACCGGAGCCGUUUUCCACAGUCUUUGUGUUCAUGUAGUCUAUAUCCACAAUGUUCCACUUCCAGGAUUGCUCCGGUGCCCUGGAAAUUCUGCCGGAUGUCUGUUUCCUUCCGCUUUCUAUGUGUUGAAACUGUUAACGCCAGUGGAUUUAUGAGGACUAUGGUUAACCUUUUCUCAGAUCUCUGCAUGGUAAAUCCAGACAGCUAGUUUUCUAUUGCACGAUUAAAACAACCUUUGAACGUACACAUGUUCCACCAAAACACGUUCCUUCCUGUGGCUAUUUUGCAGCGGCACCGUGGUUCUCCCCGGUGCUUAGCGCCCUCCAAGACGAUUGUGAUUGGUUUAAAGAAAUGCCAAUAAACCAGAGCACCCAUCCCAUCUCUCCCAUCCCGGGAAUGCUGUGUGGACUAACCGGACCCUCCUUCACAGCGCUGUGGAGGAAGGUCUGGCAAAGUGAGACUAGUGUUCAUGUAAUGAGUAUUAACUGUAUAUUCUGUACACACUGGGAUGUACAACCUCAGCUCUUCACAUGCCAACAUCUAAGCAAUGUAACCUUUUCAUUGGGUGUAGACAUUGGGAAAUAUAACUCUUACACUGGUGUUACCUUUGUGACAACUCAAUAGGUGCAUUUAUUUAUCUGAUAACCUCACUUUAAAAGCUUGUAUACAACAAAGCCUUAACAGCAACUUGGUCUGUCUGUUAACACAAUUUGUGUGAUAUCAUUUUAUCAUUUUCUGGACAAGCUUUCUUACACCUUCUUCCUGUUUUUCUUCAGCCACACCAGCAUACUGAAACACACACACACGCACACAAACACACAGCAGUGUAGCAGCUUGUUUUCAUCUUUCACCCAGUAUCAGGUUUUUUUUCUUUUUUUUGGUGAGCAUUGUCAAGGUGCUAAAAUACUGUUCUGACUGACAUUGACUCACUUUUUCUUUUUACACUGUACUGUGUGCACUUCAUUGUAAUCGCAAAAAUCCUCUAAUUCUAGCAUCUAGUUCAUGACACAUUGCAGUGAGAAUCAAGACAAUUAAGAAAACUAUGUAGCACCUUUAAUAUGAAAAAUAUGUACACUUCAUUGUCUUAAUGUUAGUAAACUGGUGCAUAUGAAGCUGAUAUACUGUAACCUAAAACAAAGCAUAUAAAGAAUUUGUAAAUACUACUUGGUCCAAAUAUAACAUAUACUGCUAUAAAAUGGCUUAUUUUUACCUCUCUGCUCUAAAUAUAAUAUAAUAAUAUAACUAUAAUAUAAAUAGUUAAGGUUGUCACGUUUAAGAUUCCCGUCUGGCAUGGUGCUAACAGAAGCCCCACGUCUUCCCGGAGCCAUAACCUGAGCUUUAUGAAUCCACCAACCCAGCCAACACUGUGCAAUCUUCAUACAAUGUAUUCUAUAAGCCUAUCACAGAUAUAUUGAUAAAAGUGUCAAAACAAUUAUAUAACAUUUUCUUACAAAGAUCAGUCACUUGCCAAGUUGUAAGAAAGUGGCCAUGUUCAUAAUCUAAUCUAUGUUAAUAAAUAAAUUAAUGUCUUAACUAUAGCACUCUCUUUGCUGAAACUUCCACUAUAUAUAAGCUGUGAUGUUGUCCGAAGCACAAACUGUUGUCACUGUGUUUUACUUCUCUCCUUUUAUGGGGAAUCAAAGACCGUCUCUCAGCGGUUACUAAGAAUGAACCAUGUACUCAGAACACCAGAUACUAUAUAUACUACCUAAAACCGGAUGCCUUGGAUUUCAAUAGCUCUCAGAAUCAGAACUGAUGCAGGGUCACUGAGCCAUACUGGUUUCACUAACAAGUACAAAUGUGUACUGUAUGUGCAUAAAACAGGUUUUCAUGCCAGAGUGAUUACUAUAUCUGAUUCACUAUAAUUAUUGUGUAAAAAGAUGUCAGAUGUCUCAUGAAAUCUGUUAAUUUACUGUGUGACGGUUUAAAAAGAUUUGUUUAGCCCCACUUGGUAUUAUAUACAGUACAGUAGCUUCUAUCAUAAGGUUUAACACAAAAGAUAUUUUUUAUUUUCAUGUUUUCUUUUUUUUAUCCCUUAAAGGGCCACACACGUUUUAAAGUGAUCAAUUAACCUAUCCUGUGGUGCAGUUUCACCCCAAAUUUAACUGUGUGGGUCCAAUAGUAUAAUCUCCAUCUUCACAUGUAGAGUGUAUUGUUAUCCCAACACUCAGAAGUAAGUAGAACACAUCCUUUAUCUUUUGGUGUGUGAUUCCAAUCUAGUGCUGCUUUACUGAGAGAAGUUUAAAUGCAUUUUUUUUUCUGUAUUUUGGUCAUUUGUUUUUGAGUAUGAUCAGCACAGAGACGUGUGAGAAAACAGUCUGAAUACUUUAAACGCUUAUUGUCCAUGUUUGCUUUAAAUGGCUGAAAGUUCAUUCUUUGCCAAACAGUUUCAAAAUAUGUCAAAACAAAAUUAUUUACAAUAGCUGUUUUGGGGUUUUUCAAUCAUAUCACAUGGAAAUUUCCAUUCUUUCUUUGGCCACGAUAGCUACUGAUAGCAGUGGAUAGCUACAGUACAUGCUAGCUACCUUAUGUCUUAAGGUAAAAUAAUGUUAUGCUUAAUACGUAUCAUAGAAUUCUUAAAUGAACACCUUCAAAUGAAGGCUAUUAUAUCCAAAUGAAUACAUGCACUUAGUAAAGUAAUAAGAUGUUUGCCAUCUGUACAUUUCUGUUCUGACAACCAACCUCUGAGCACUGUGAACAAUAAAAUCAAUCUUUUUCAAUUAACACCCAA